AUGUCCCGCUCACCGAGCACCGAAGACGACCUCGAUACCCAACGUGUCCUCGUUUCCCGCUACUACGCCCUCCUCGACACCGAGACCCUUCUUACCGAUCAGCGGGACGAUACCGCUCGCCGGACUAUUCGCCUCGUGCAGCGCAAAGCGGCACUCCUCUACACUCGUCGCAUGCGGCCGGAAUACAUCUCCGAUGAUGUGCUACGAGAGACCGCCCGCGUCUUGAAUCUCAAGGCUGAAGAGAAGGGACUGGAGGAGCGGGAUCGGAGGACAAGGGAGAUGCUUUGCGAGUGCCGCCGAUGUAGGCCGGAAGAGUAUAUCGGUCGAGGUAGUGCCGGGGAAAAGAAUCGAGGAAGCAAUAUUAGGAAAGGGCUGGGACAAAGCAAGCUCCUCGCGGACAAGAAGAUGGCGAGAGAGGUACAACUCCGCACAGACAAAAAGAAUGCAUGCCAUCUACAUUCGCCGCUUGUCUCAUCAAGGUCUACUCCCCCUGCAUUGCCUCUCGAAGAGUGCUUGCCCGGCUCGGCUAUCCACCGUUCAAACAGAAACAGCUCGUCGGCCUCCCAAGACAAAAUCUGCUCAAUACCAGCCGCCAGCCCGGCUGCAGAUCGCCUGAAAAACUCCGCGCAGCAUUUCCUUAGGUUGGACCUCGAGAUGCAGAGCGACAACGACGACGGCGAGCUGUCCCGUGGCCUUAUAAGGAACCCAGGCGCAGACUUGCCAGAUAGCGGUACGGACUCUUGCAAACAAUCGACGAUGAGCCGCAUAUCGAAGGCUUUUGUAGUGAUCGACGAGAAGACAGCCUGCGUACUACUUGGAAUUCGACUGGCAAGCUUAUACGCCCACGCCGUCCGAGCGAGCGACCAAGUCCUGUUCCACGCCUUGCGCGCCGAGCCCCGCACGGGCAAAGGAAACUACAACGGCCAGCUGCCCAGCCUGCGCAUUUUUCGCCAACACGAAAGCGGAAACGCUAAGCUAAGGUACUGCAGCAAACUGCAGCAGAUCGAACGGAAGAGUAAGCAGACAUACAAGAAAGGAAUAAUACACCACAGCAAAAACAAACAACACGCGACGAACCUCCGCGACCCGCCAUUCUUCCUCUUUCGGUCAACAUCGCUUGCAAAGGCACCACUUCAUCCCCACCUCCCACAAAUCUCCCGUACGCCAACUUUCUUUAUCCGCAGAUCCCACGACAUCGCCCGCGCCGCGCAAAACGAACUCCUGGUGGCGAAGCAGAAGGCGGACUACGCCACGCUGAAGGCGGACCAGGCGAUGCUGAAGGCGGACGAGGCGAGGAGGGUAGCGUCGUUGGAAGAGAUGGGAUAUCGCGGGAGGAAGUGGGCGGGGCGAAUCAUAGUGGCCAAACAGAACCGAGAUUACGGUCUCUUACUCACGACCGCAGACAAGAGCGCUCGAGCAGAAGCAACGCAACUGUCGCAAUGCCACAUCCGCGUCUGCAGGACAAAUCGUUAA